AUGUACAGUCGAAAAAUACGAAGUACAAAACAACAUACGCUGUCAAUGUUUUUAAAGAUACAGUGAUUGUUUAGAUUUAUUAUACAAUAUAAACAUUCGCAUUUAAACCGCAAUGUUGAAAUUCAGUAGCCUACACUAUUUCGCUGUCAUUCCUAUAAUUCUUAUUUGCUUACAUGUAUUUAUAGAAUGGUCGAAACAGCGAAACAUUCAACAAGAAUUGCACGAAAUGGACGACAAAACUCUUGAUAAAUGUCUUUGUCAAUUUUACGCCGAAGUAAAAAACCAGCAAGGUGAAGACUACAGUAAAUCAACUUUAAUUGGUUUAAAACACGGACUAGAGCGAUACCUGAACUGUCCACCGUACAACAGAGGUUUGAGCAUGUCGUACAACCCAGCAUUUAAAAUGUCAAACUCCGUGCUGAACGCCAAGAUAGUAUCCUUUAAGAAACAGGGAAAGGAGAAUGUUGUACACAAGCCCGUCUUGGAAGCUGAAGACCUCACAAAGCUAAAAAAUAGCGACGUAUUGAAUGUGUCCACUCCACUUGGUCUCCUUAGAAACGUAUGGUUUCAUGUGUCUUUGUUUUGGUGCCGCAGAGGACGAGAAGGACAACGAAAGCUGACGAAGGACAGCUUUGUUUUUACCGAAGAUGCAAACGGGGAAGCAUUUGUCACCAUGGCUCACAGUGAAGCCUCAAAAAAUCAUCCUGGCGGUAUUCACGACAACGAAAGCUUUGAAAAUUUGGGAAGGAUGUACAAGACCGAUGCAGAAAACGACGGCUUCUCAGCUUUGCAGCUAUUCAUUACCAAAUUGCAUCCUUCCUGCGAAGCAUUCUUUCAAUAUCCCAAGCGAAAGUGGAGUCCGGCUGACAAUACUUGGUACGAGAACAAACCUCUUGGUGUAAACACGCUUGGUAAUAUGAUGAAAACUAUCAGCGAAGCAGCAUCUCUGUCGAAAGUUUACACUAACCACUCCGUGAGAGCGACGUCUAUAACAUUGUGGUCCAACGCCGGCUUAACAAAUCGCCAUAUAAUGGCAAUUUCAGGGCAUCGCAGCGAACAGUCUCUUGUCCACUACAAUCAGCGACCAUCGUCACAUCAGUUGAAGCGUUCAAGUGAAGUUCUUUCCGGAGCUCUUGGCGACAAUACGGGGCAUAAUAAACCACUUAGGAAGAAACCUGCAGUCGGAAUAUUCUCACAAACCACCGUGACAAAAGCGACAACAAUUGCUUCUUCUGACCUUGGUUCUUCGUCACCUAGCGUCUCGUUGCAAGGAUUGCCUGAUUUCGCCGGAAUGUUUAACAACUGCUUAAUCAGCAGUGUAAACGUGAACUUUAAUCAACAUUUGUAAUUUUGUUAAACUUUUAAACAGAAAAACUUCGUUCUAAAUUUACGUUGUAGUGUUUCACAGUUGAUUGACCUGAUUGUUUACAAAAUUAUACAGCUUCGUUGAAGGUCGUUCGCCUUGUCGUAAAGUUGGGAGAAUUUAGCAUUGCAACUUGGGAGAAUUUAGCUUUUAUACUUGCGCUUAUUUAAAUAAAACUUGCAAGAAUAUCGUGUUGUUGUUAUUUUAUAAAACAAUUACUUUAUGAUUUCCGUGUUUGGAUGGCCUGAUCCAAACACUUGGGAAUGUUGCUCGAGUUAAGAAAAGCGCGCAAAAUUACUCGCCUUCGGCUCGUGUUUUCGCGCGCUUUCCUUAACUCUCGCAACAUUCCCGCGUGUUUGGAUCAGGCCAUCCAAACACGGAAACCAUAAAGUAAUUGUAUAGCACCAUAUCUUUGCACUGCUUUGGCGUAUUUUCAAUAUUUUUACAGUUCUGAGAUCCUUAUAGGACAAUCUUUUCAAAAAAGUUCCUAGCAUGUUCUUAGUUCGUGUUUAAUUUUUUGGCGCCAAAGAUGGCACGUCAUUUUCCCGCCAAAAUGUAACAAAAUCGAAAAACAAAAACGGUAGGAUUUUUGGGAAUGGCAAGUUCGAUCCCGUUAGGAAAUUUCGUGAUAUUCCAAACUAACGACAGAAAGUUAUUUGUACGUGGCCGAAUUUGCUGUCUUUUGUACCAACCGUGACUGCAAGUUCCCCUUCAAGAUUCUUACCACUUCUGGGAUUGAUGGUCUUGAUGCUGGCUUGGUAUCCUUACACUGCUUCCCCAAGGAAUUCAGACAUGCAUGUGGCAAUGCCUUUCCAACACUAUAUAUGAUAACCCCAAGUGAAAAUACAUCACUGGACGUACUCACCGGACGUCCUCGCAAAACUUCCGAGGCAAUGUGAUUGUAAAACGAAGUGUACUUUCGAGCUGCUGGCCUGGCAAUUAGACAAGCCUUACCAAAAUCUAUCAAGUAACCUUUCUUCCCUGAGACAAGAACAUUAUUUGACUUCACAUCACAGUGUAAGAAUCCUUUCUGGUGGACAUGGAAAAGAGCUUCUGAGAUGUCAUGUAAAACGGAGAUCCAUUCGUUUGUUGAUAGUAACAGAUGUUUUGCCAUGUCUUGGUGCAGGAGUUUAUGAACUGUUACUGACUCCAUACCCACACCAAGAAACCGCAUGACCAAAGAGUAAGGUUUUUUAUCAAUUUGGACUCCUAAUAAAUGAGGGAUUGCUGGAUGAUUUAGUGUGUUCAUGCACUGUGCUUCAUUCAUGACGGCUGUUAAAUCUGAAGUUGGUACUUUUUUCUCAAGAAUUGUUAUCCCAAAUCUUGUAAACUUUUUUAAAAUACAAUCCCCGUAGGUUCCUGAACCUACAGGAACAGCUGCAGAGUUAUUUUCUUCCAGUGGUAACAAUUCACUUGGGCUGAUUUGUUUUACUGAAGGCCUACUCUGGGGCGGUAAAUCGCCUUAAAUCGCCUAAAAUCGCCCAAAAUCGCAUUAAAUCGCGGGUUAAAAUGGUCAAAUUUCUCUUAAAUCGCCUAAAAUCGCUUUAAAUCGCCUAAAAUCGCUUAAAAUCAUGGGCGUACUGGGUGGGGGUGGGAGGGGUUGGGGUACCGUCCCGCCUCCCCCCAGUUUCUGGCUGGGCGGUCGCCCCCUGGCUUUGUUGGGCAAACAAAGCCAGCCGGGCAAUAUUCGCUUCACAGUCGGGCAAUAUUGGUUUAUUAUAGAAAUAAAUGGGACAAAUUCUGUCAAUUUUGUGGGAAAUUCUGUCAAUUAUGUGGGAAAUAUGCUAUCUAAUAGGAAUUUUUUGUAAUCACUUCUCCCCCCCCCCAAUCACUUCUUUCCAACCCCUAAUAUUUUCCUUCCCGUACGCCCAUGCUUAAAAUCGCAUUAACUCGCCAACAUGCAUUCUGUUUGAUACAUUCAGUCAAUAAUGUACUCAAGUUUAUCAAUUGCUGCUAUUUUGCUGGCAAAUCAUGUAUAAUCCAGGUGUUUUGCAAUCAAAAGUAAUGCAACAUGGAUAAAUCAAAUAAGUGGAUUAGGCUGACAAUAUUUAGUCACUCAAUAGGCUCUGGUCAUUAAUAAAAACAGAGCCUUUUUCUGCUUUAUGCAGAUUUUACAAUAAUUAGGCAAUUCUGGGAUAUGAAAGACCCAUAGAUUCCAUUACACUACCAGCAACAAAAUUGAGUUACUGGUUAAUUUCAUUAUUGGUGUAAAAUGUGGAGGCUGGGCUACAAUUUAUAUGGACUAUGGUGGCUGGGCUACAAAUUAAUCUAUAAUAUACAUGGCUUCUCAAAGCCUAAUUGCUGUUAGAACAACAGUAAGAGACUAUGAUAAUGAAGUCAAUGAGUACGAGUAUAUAAUAAGGUCAUCCUGCAAUUUAUGCACUGUUGCAUGUAGAUCGAGCACUGCAUUGUAUACAAUGGUUGUACUUCGACAUGUGCAUGGUUAUACUCUAGCUCCUAGUUAUAAUUAUAUUGGCUAUCAUACGAAAAACAUACGUGAGGUUUAAUAUGAGCGAGAUUUGCAAGUUUUGCAACACUCAUCUAUUAAAUUUUCCAGACCUGUAUAUAAAAUAAACAGUAAAACAAUGAUUACAUCGUACAUACCAUACAAUCUUUGUUGUUGCUUGUUUGCAGAACACUUGACAAAUUAUCAGGUAAAAGACAUAAAACCACGAUGUAGUGCGCGGUGUGCCAUUUGUUUAAUAUCAUUUUGUUUAGUAUUUUUUUUAAAUAAUUUAGAAUUCCGACCGUUUAUAUGCGAUGUACUUCAUGUAAAUUAAACUUUACGGCAUUACGCCGACAGUUUCCGAAUGCGUGACAAUUACAAUACUGUUUCAAACUGUUUCUGGAUAUAGAUAUCAAACAUAAUUUUAUAAAACAUGUUUGUUGAAACAGUUUAAAUAAAAUGCAAGCUAAAUAAAGAAGUGUUGACAAGAUACAAAACAAGACAAUUUCACUUACACGGGUGACAAGGUAAUUUACAGGAACAUAGCUUAUUGUAACUGUAUAAAUAAAUUGUGCAUUUGUGCGUUUCUAUACUCCCUGUGGGCUGUGGUUCUUUUGGAAAUCAAAUAUCUAUUAUAUUUUGCAAUUAAUAAUAUUAACGUUUAGCCUAAGACAUGUGUAGUUUAGUUAUAGGUUGGUAUUUUGCAAUUAUGUACCGUACAUGCCCCUUAAGUAGAGUAUAUUUAUUAACUGUUUACAAUAUUUGUGGUAUAUAAUGUAGCCAUGAAUGCAUGACCACAUGACCCCACAAAUGAACUCCAAUGGCUUCUAAAUAAGACAAUGGAUGAAAAGUUCACGAAUAUUGAGCUUUAUAUAUGAUUCGGGUUAAAUACAAUAAUUAUUAACCUAGCUUUAUAUAAAAUGUACAUAAUCUAAUAAUUGUAUUUUGCUUCAUACAAUGCAUAUGUGUCAAUGUGUGUGAAAACAUUACAUUAUUCAGCUCACUCCCCUUUGGGGCUUUCAGUCACCGCUUACACCAAGUAUUAGGGUUACUUAUGUAAUAAUUUAUUUCUGAAGAUAUAUUAAUAUUAACAGUCUUACAACUUUCCUGUAGUGUCCGGAUUUAAAACUAUCGAUCAACGCUCGUCCACGCCACCUAUAUUUGCUAACGUCAGUCUCUAUAACGUCGGUCUCUAUAUUCUCUACACUAUUCCCCUCUAAAUUUAAUAGAUAACAAAGCUGCAAAAAUGCAGUACAAUUUAAUAGAUAACUAAGCUGCAAAAAUGCAGUACAGUCCGACAUAUAUGUAUAGCUAAAGCUAUUCAUAGUCCCGUAACCACGCUGGUUUUUUUCUCGUUCGCGCUGGCCUUUCCGGUGGGGCUUGUGACUGUCCCUCGUUUCCUUCUACUGGUUCUCGCAAUGUCUCGUCGCUACCGUCUCUCUGAUUAUCCUGUUCCAUUGAACUCAAUGGCCCAUCCUGUUGUAAUUCGUCAGGUAAAUGUUGUACGUCUUCUUGGACCUCAUCAGGUAAAUUUUGUCUGUGUUCCUCCCCGUUAAUUGCCCGACUUGGUCUACUUUGUCUCAAAUUUCUUCUAAAAUACCUCACUGUCCACUCAUCCUCAUCAUUUCCUCCGUUGGUUGGGGGUUCCGUUUGCGGGGUCUGGCCACUACAAUUCUCCACGUUUUCUUUUCUCGUUUCGGGGGUUUCUUUCGAUUGCAGUUUCGUCUCGUUUGGUGGUCGAUUAGGUAGACUUUUCAACGGUCGUUCAAAACACGGUUUAAGACGAUUGUUAUGGACUACUAACCUAUUCCUUUUGUUGGCAUUUUUCUCGAUUCGAUACACCACAUCUGAAAUUUUCUUCACAAUCGUAUAUGGUCCCCGCCACGGCCGUGAUAGCUUCAAAUUCUUUCCCUUUUUGACAAAUGGUACAUACAACCAUACUUUCUCCCCGACGUUGUACGUCGUAUCUUUCGCCUUCGCGUCAUAGUAGUCUUUAUAUCGCUCGCUAGAUUUCUUUGUAUUUACUCUGGUCAACUCGUAUGUUCUUUCAAAACGUUUCCUCAAUUUUUCCGCAUACUCUGAUGUAGUCAGUGGUACUUCUGCUUGAGGGGGCUCAGGUGUCAUUAGGUCAACUGGGAUUCUUGUUUCUCUUCCAAACAUCAAGAAAUGUGGAGAGAACCCUGUUGAGGUUUGCACGGUGGACCGGUACGCCAACAAUGCUUGAGGUAAACAUCUGUCCCAAUCAUCUUGACGUUCAUUGACCAACUUUGAAAGAAUAUCUUUCAGAGUCCGGUUCAUUCGUUCAACAAGGCCAUCACUUUGAGGGUGGUAUGGUGUUGUUCGGGUUUUCUUUAUCCCAAGAAUAUCGAUUAUCUCUUUGAAGACCGCGCUUUCGAAAUUUCUCCCCUGGUCCGUAUGCAGUCGCUGCAUGACUCCAUAUCUACAAAUCCACUCAUCCACCAAUUUUUGUGCAAUGAUACGUGCUUCUUGAUUUGGAAUCGCGUACGCCUCCGGCCAUUUCGUGAAAUAGUCCACCACCACCAAUAUAUAUCGAUUACCAUCAGGGGUUUUAGGUAGUGGUCCAAUGAUGUCCAUAGCAACACGUUCCAUUGAGUAUCCCGGUUGAUCCAAUACCAUCAUUCCGCGUCGUUUUCUCGACGGUCCAUUUCGUUCUGCGCAUAUCUGACAAUUCUUGCAAUGCAUCUCGACAUCUGACUGCCAGUCGCUCCAAUAAAAUCUUCUCAAUGUAAUAAUUUAUUUCUGAAGAUAUAUUAAUAUUAACAGUCUUACAACUUUCCUGUAGUGUGCGGAUUUAAAACUAUCGAUCAACGCUCGUCCACGCCACCUAUAUUUGCUAACGUCAGUCUCUAUAACGUCGGUCUCUAUAUUCUCUACACUAUUCCCCUCUAAUUUUAAUAGAUAACAAAGCUGCAAAAAUGCAGUACAAUUUAAUAGAUAACUAAGCUGCAAAAAUGCAGUACAGUCCGACAUAUAUGUAUAGCUAAAGCUAUUCAUAGUCCCGUAACCACGCUGGUUUUUUUCUCGUUCGCGCUGGCCUUUCCGGUGGGGCUUGUGACUGUCCCUUGUUUCCUUCUACUGGUUCUCGCAAUGUCUCGUCGCUACCGUCUCUCUGAUUAUCCUGUUCCAUUGAACUCAAUGGCCCAUCCUGUUGUAAUUCGUCAGGUAAAUGUUGUACGUCUUCUUGGACCUCAUCAGGUAAAUUUUGUCCGUGUUCCUCCCCGUUAAUUGCCCGACUUGGUCUACUUUGUCUCAAAUUUCUUCUAAAAUACCUCACUGUCCACUCAUCCUCAUCAUUUCCUCUGUUGGUUGGGGGUUCCGUUUGCGGGGUUUGGCCACUACAAUUCUCCACGUUUUCUUUUCUCGUUUCGGUGGUUUCUUUCGAUUGCAGUUUCGUCUCGUUUGGUGGUCGAUUAGGUAGACUUUUCAACAGUCGUUCAAAACACGGUUUAAGACGAUUGUAAUGGACUACUAACCUAUUCCUUUUGUUGGCAUUUUUCUCGAUUCGAUACACCACAUCUGAAAUUUUCUUCACAAUCGUAUAUGGUCCCCGCCACGGCCGUGAUAGCUUCAAAUUCUUUCCCUUUUUGACAAAUGGUACAUACAACCAUACUUUCUCCCCGACGUUGUACGUCGUAUCUUUCGCUUUCGCGUCAUAGUAGUCUUUAUAUCGCUCGCUAGAUUUCUUUGUAUUUACUCUGGUCAACUCGUAUGUUCUUUCAAAACGUUUCCUCAAUUUUUCCGCAUACUCUGAUGUAGUCGGUGGUACUUCUGCUUGAGGGGGCUCAGGUGUCAUUAGGUCAACUGGGAUUCUUGUUUCUCUUCCAAACAUCAAGAAAUGUGGAGAGAACCCUGUUGAGGUUUGCACGGUGGACCGGUACGCCAACAAUGCUUGAGGUAAACAUCUGUCCCAAUCAUCUUGACGUUCAUUGACCAACUUUGAAAGAAUAUCUUUCAGAGUCCGGUUCAUUCGUUCAACAAGGCCAUCACUUUGAGGGUGGUAUGGUGUUGUUCGGGUUUUCUUUAUCCCAAGAAUAUCGAUUAUCUCUUUGAAGACCGCGCUUUCGAAAUUUCUCCCCUGGUCCGUAUGCAGUCGCUGCAUGAUUCCAUAUCUACAAAUCCACUCAUCCACCAAUUUUUGUGCAAUGAUACGUGCUUCUUGAUUUGGAAUCGCGUACGCCUCCGGCCAUUUCGUGAAAUAGUCCACGACCACCAAUAUAUAUCGAUUACCAUCAGGGGUUUUAGGUAGUGGUCCAAUGAUGUCCAUAGCAACACGUUCCAUUGGGUAUCCCGGUUGAUCCAAUACCAUCAUUCCGCGUCGUUUUCUCGACGGUCCAUUUCGUUCUGCGCAUAUCUGACAAUUCUUGCAAUGCAUCUCGACAUCUGACUGCCAGUCGCUGCAAUAACAUCUUCUCUUUAUCACUUCUUUUAACCUCUGAGAACCGAGGUGACCCACGCUGGGAAUAUCAUGAGUCAACUCCAAAACUUCUUUUAUUAAUUUUCGUGGUAAACAAAUUUGAAGAUGUCGGUCAUUACCAUUAUCGUUCUCGAAAAUACGAUACAAAAGUCCAUCAACAAGCGUCAAUUGAUCGAAUUUGCUCCAAAGUUUGCCCAUUAGAGGACCCAUACGUGUUAUAUCCUCCUUCGGUGGUCGCUUACCGUCUUUCACCCAUCCGAUCGCGCGACAAAUCUCUGGAUCUUCGUGUUGAUGCAAACUCAGUUCCUUCGCUGUCCAGCGCAGACACCACGGGCUCGUUUUGUCAUUACCAUUCGAUGCGUUACAUACGUGGCCACUCUGUACCUCACGAGUAUCCUGAGGUAUACGUGAUACACCAUCAGCAUUACCAUGACUACGUCCAGGUCUAUGUUCAAUUUCAAAGUCAAAAAUGGACAAUCUUUCAAUCCAUCGUGCUACUUGUCCUUUAGGUUGCUUAAAAUUUCUUAUCCACCUCAGUGCAUUAUGAUCAGAACGUGCUCUGAAUGGUUUUCCUAUUAGAUAGGAUGCGAAAUGUUCCAUCGACCAUACAAGGGCCAAUAGUUCUUUCCUAGUAGUACUAUAGUUCCUUUCCGCUUUUGAUAAGGACCUGGCGGCAUAGGCAAUAACCUUUUCAUCUUCUCCAUGGCGUUGUGACAACACAGCUCCAAUCCCCGUAUCACAGGCAUCAGUAUCAAGAAUAAAAGGAAUGUCGAGUCUCGGGUAGGUCAGUAUUGGGGCCAUUAUCAAUUUUGUCUUUAGAAUGUUGAAUGCUUUCUGACAAUCGUCGUUCCACUUGAAAACCGUUCCCUUUCGUUCAAGUCUAUAAAGUGGUUCGGCAAUUCUUGCGUAAUCCCGGAUGUAUUGCCUGUAGUAACCCGUGCAGCCAAGGAACGAACGCAUGUCCGAUAGGUUGUUUGGA